GGACCUAUACCGCCGAAGAGUGCUUAUGUGGUACCACUUCGUUUUCGUAAAAAAUUUCCUGAAACCUGGAUAUUUGAUAAUUUUGUGAUAAAUGAAACUGAUACAAAACUAACCUUUCAAAUACCCGACGUCAUAACCACAUGGCGCAUAACGGCAUUUUCAAAUCAUGCUAUAACUGGUUUUGGUAUAGUAAAUGGACCCACAGAUAUUACAACCAUAUUACCAUUUUUUAUAUCGCUUAAUCUACCAAACUCCAUGAAACGCGGAGAAAUUCUUAAUAUACCCAUAACUAUAUUCAAUUAUUCCAAUCAGACGCUUGAUACAACAGUAGUUUUAUAUAAUUCCGAUAAAGAAUUCUAUUUUAUGGAAUCAACUAUACAGGGAACAGAGAAAUCAAAUGAGAACGAGCAACAAAAUAAACUUGUUACAGUUCCAGCAGAUAAAGCGAAAACUUUAAACUUUCUUAUAUAUCCCAUAAAAACAGGUGAAAUAAGUUUAAGAGUCUCAGCUUCAAGUUCCUCGUAUUGUUUUGAAAAAACUUCUAGUGGAACCGGAGGGUGUGCCCAAACAAUUAAAGCAAGCUUUAUAUUUAAGUAUUCCUAAGGGAGAGAAAAUAUCUUCAACAUUUCUUAUCGAAGAACCAGAGUUUAGUGUACCCGAUUCUAAUUGUAUUACCUUUUCCGUGGGUGGACAUUAUUUAGUACCAACAGUUGAAAAUUUCAAUAAUUUAAUACAACUACCCACUGGUACAGGUGAACAAAAUAUGGUUAAUUUUGCUCCAGGCAUCUUAAUUUUGCAAUAUCUUAAACUUAAUGACAAGUUAAGUUCAGACAAAGAUUUGGUUAAAAAUUUACGUUCAUCAAUCGAUAUUGGUUAUCAACAACAAUUGUCAUUUCGUCAUGAAAAUGGUGGCUAUAGUGUAUUCGGCAUGGAUACCGAUGAGGAGCCCAAUACUUGGCUUACCGCCUAUGUGGUGCGUUACUUUCUUAAAGGUUUAGAAUUUUUGUCUAUUGAGACGAAGAUAAUUGAAUCAGCUUUAGAAUAUUUAUCCAAGCAACAGAAACCUAAUGGGGAAUUCCGUUACUCGGGUUAUUUGAUAAAACCAAAUCAUAAAAAUGAGUACGGACUUACAGCUUUUAUAUUGUUAGCAUUUUUGGAAAAUCAAAAAUACGCUACACAAUAUACAAAAAUCAUAGAAAAUGGAGUAGAAUUUCUAAAUUCAAAUUUGAAUAAUAUCAACGACAUUUACACCAUAUCAUUAACAGCAACUAUUUUCCAACGUAUAAAGCAUCAUAGUGCCAAAACUCUUGUAGAACAAUUGAAAUCACAUGCUAAGGAGAAGGAUGGAUUGAAAUGGUGGUCGGCAAAUGAUCAAAAUCUGUCCAAUGAUAUAGAAAUUACAGCAUAUGCUGCUUUAGCACUACUCGAUACUCCCGGGGAUCAUAGUACAAUAUUAAAAUGGCUAAUUGAACAGCGUAAUAUCAAUGGUGGCUUUAAAUCAUCCUACGAUACAGUUGUGGGCAUGGAAGCUUUAGUGAAAUUUUCUGAAUUAUAUAAAAAUCUUAAUAAUAUAAAUUUAAAAAUUUCCUAUAGUGCAAAAGAUUUGCAAGGUUCUGAACUGUUUACAAAUGCAUUUCAUGUGAAUGCGAAUAAUAUUUUAGAUUUUCAGGAACAUGAGUUACCAAAAAACACACGCCAUAUUACUUUCGAAAUGGAGGGCACUGGAACAUCUUUAAUACAACUCAAACAACAAUACAACAUUGUGAAUACGAAAGAAUUUCGUCAUUUUAAUAUUCAACCUAAGGCAAUACACAAAAAUGAGGGAGAAAUUAAUGUAGAAAUUUGUUUCACUUAUCAAGCCGAUGCGAAUAUGCCAAAUGUAGCUAGCAAUUUGGUAAUAAUGGAAGCAAAUUUACCUUCUGGUUUUAAAUCUGAACCCGAGAAAAGCCUUCCGUUAAAAGAAAAUAAACUUGUACAGAGAAUUGAAUCUAAAAAUUCAGAAUCUACAGUUAUUUUAUAUUUGGACAAAUUGGAGCCGAACAAAAAUCAUUGUUUAACCAUACCAGCUGAUAAAACGAGUGAAAUAUUAAUGCCACGGCCGGUAGCAAUUCUAAUGUAUGAUUAUUACAAUUUAAGUCGUUCGAAUAUAGAGUUUUAUAGUUUAUAA